GGUUAAAUGGUUAAAAAGGGGGCGUUUAUCCCUAAAUCUCAGUGUAUCACGUGGCCGCAUUUAGUCACGUGACGUCCAUGACUCACCUCUUUUACUCCUUCUUUGAUAGGACUUCACACAGGCGUUCUCCAUCGGUUCUCCCCCGCAGCAGAGGAAAAAAGGAAGUUCCCAGAAUGAGCAUCUCCAAAAGUCACACGGCGGGGCAAAACAACCCACUGAUGCAGUAUGUGCUCAAUCACUCCUUAAGGGAGCAUCCGGUUCUGAAGAAGCUCCGACUGAGAACGAUGGAAGAUCCUCGAAACAUCAUGAUGGUCGCCUGUGAGCAGUCGCAAUUCAUGGCCAAUCUGGCGAAACUCAUUCAGGCCAAGAAGGCAAUAGAGAUCGGAGUCUACACGGGCUACAACACUCUGAACGUGGCGCUGGCCCUGCCCGAGGACGGCGUGGUGGUGGCGUGUGACAUCAGUGAAGAAUUCACAAACAUCGCCAAACCUUUCUGGAAAGAGGCAGGAGUUGAACAAAAAAUUGAUCUACGCAUUCAGCCAGCCCUGAAAACCCUCGACGAUCUCCUUUCUUCUGGUCAGGCGGAAACGUUUGACUUUGUGUUCAUCGACGCCGACAAAUCCAACUACGACAACUAUUACGAAAAGUCCCUGCAGCUGCUGAGAAAAGGAGGCAUCAUCGCAAUCGAUAACGUGCUGUGGGGCGGACAGGUGCUCAAUCCGUCUCCCGGGGACGCCGACACCGUGGCCAUCGACAAGCUGAACAAGAAGCUGCACAGAGACUUGCGGGUUACACUGAGCAUGCUCACCGUGGGAGACGGGCUGACUCUGGCCGUCAAACUGUGAUGUGUUUUCACUCUGAAGGAAGUCGGAGGUGAUGUCACUUUAGAGGUGGAACUGUUGACUAAUCAAGACCAGGAACCAACGUGGGAAUCUAACCCAGACUUUUUAGGCUUUAUGUGAUUAUUGUUCAUUAUUUUAUAACAACCUUUUUAACAUUGUCUCCUAAUCAAAUAAAAAGUAUUUAAUUUAGCCACA